UUAUUUAUCCCAGAGUUGCGCAACGAUACGUCGCUUACUUUCACUUUAUAAACCACUUUACUGCACCAGCAAACUAAACUUCCCACUGAAAAAGCUCGUCCAACCUGUUAUAAUACCAACAUCGAUAUACUGUUAACUUAAAUUUGGUGGUUAUUCGUUAUAAUUUAUCCUAGGGGAAUGGAUUUUGACUUGCCUCCUUCUCUCCCCGUAAGCGGUACCCCGUGGCACAGAGUCCUCUCACCGUUAUUUCCCCAGAUGAAAGGGACGACUGGACCGUAUUCGUGGACACCGACCGAACUUUUAAUUCCGGUUUCCGCGCACACAGGAGCAGCACAGGUUACGUGUGACAACAAAGGAUUUACUGUACAGGUUGAUGUGAAACACUUCAGUCCAGAGGAGCUGCUAGUCAAAGUGGUCGGAGAUUAUGUUGUGGUUGAGGGAAAACAUGAACAAAGAAAGGAUGGUUCAGGACUCGUGACUCGCCAGUUCAAUCGGCGAUAUCGGAUCCCAAAUAAUGUGGACACAAUGGCACUGGAAUCAGCCAUGUCACCAGAAGGAACACUUAUCAUCUCAGCACCUCUGCGGGAAGAAGAUAGACUUUUAAAUCACAGUGGAUCGUAAUGCACACACGUGUGACAUUUUCAUGUAAACGCUCCCAUUAUCCAUGCAUAAUACCCAAGACCACAGGUGUCCAAACCUGCUCCUGACAGGCCGCUGACCUGCAGAGAGGUAAAGCUUAUUCAGGUGUGUUUGUUUAGGGUUGAGGCUAAACUCUGGAGGUGUUAGUGCCUCUUCAGGAGCAGGAUUGGAUAUUCCUGUCCAAGACCAAAGUAAUUUGCAUUUCCUCCGAUUGCCCCUGGCGACGGCACUUUAUUUAUCCUGGCAAUUCCAAAUGUACUUGAUUCAAAGCCAACAAUAUCGAAUCACAUUUACUGUUGGUUAGGCACACAGCCUGUGAGCUUGACAAAUCCCUUCUCAUGUUAACAGGUCUUUUGAUCCAAAACGCUUAAACACACAGUCCAACACAGAACUGGCAGUCAUACACAGAAACCCACACACAUACAAGACUGUCAACACUGUUACUCCACUUGGUAACAGAGUUGGACAGUAACAGAGUUGACACAGACUAAUCCGGACAAUGGGAAAUCGUGAUUUCGCACUUUCUAAAGAAAUGCAAGAAGUUUUCAACGAAUCAACUCUUCUAACGCUACGCUGAGGUUGUACAUAUUUUUAAAUGAUAAAAUUAUGUUUUAACUUAAUAAAAUUCUUUAUUUGUGUAAUGUAAAGUUUACUGUUAAAAUGUAACACCCUUGUUUAUUUGCAAAGAUCUUUAUUUAUAAAUACAGUCAUACACAGUCGAAUCCACAAUAAAACAAAAAUAAAUAGUAGUAAACCUUAACAUGAUGGCAUGUUUGAAAUAUUGCUCUUUCUGUAUAUGAAUCAUGUGCCUGUUGGAGGAGUCAAUGGAAGAAACUGCUCAAGCAUCAUGUCAACUUCACUGGAAAAUAAAGCAAAAUAAAUCAAUUUAAUACAA